AUGGCCCUGGCAUUUCUGGCCAGGCGGCGGAGACGGGAUCGGCUGCAAAACGGAGAAAACGCAGCCAGGUCGUCAUCUUACGACAACCGUGGCGGACCCAGCGGCGGCGGUGGUGGUGCCGCCGGCGCCUUUGCUUGGCUUCGGGACUCGCUGAGCCGAGGUUGGAGCAAGAAGACCAACAGCCAGGAUGGUUCGCGGCCGCAGAGCAUGCAGAUUUCGGGACCCAUAGGCGUAGGAGGCGGCACCGACGAUGCGUGGGCACCGAGGCCGUACGAGACUGUCGUGGGCGGCACUCGACCUCGAGCGGAUGUCAACAUCGGCCCGGCGUUCUCCCCAGAUAUGGUGGCCGGCCGCUUUCAGCCAGCGGGGCCACUCUACGCGUCCGCCGCCACCCCGGCAGCUGCUGCAACGGCAAAGCGACAGUCGCUGCAGUUCACACCACCACAGCACGAGCAUGGCCAGUUUUCGCGGGGGUGGGAGGGCUCCCCGUCCGGGAGCAUCAGGCCCACGCUCGCGCUCGCAAUCCCGCCAAACAGGGAUAGCGACGUGACCGAGUUCGCCGAGGACGGAGAGGAAGAUGCGGAUGCGGACGGGGCCCAGAUCUGGCGGCCACCGCCUGACGACCCUCACUCGGCAACGACCUACUACGUGGCCGACAAGUCGGGGAACUGGAGGCGCCGGUCGACGCUCAAGGGCGACAACGCACCGUGGCCCGAGGGUGACGAUGGGGUCGAGGUUGCGUCGGCCGCGGUUGCUCCGCUCAACGUGCCACAGAGGCUGGGCUCGCCCAUCAACAUGGGCCGGACCGGCAAGGGGUAUAGCACCAUGAGCGUAACCUCCAGCGUCUACUCCCCCAACACCCCGCCUCAGUCCAAGCUUUCCGACCCUGCGAAUUCGGUCCCUCCGAUGCCGCCGUUUCCCAAAUCCGCCUACGCUAAGAUGCUGGCCAUGAACAGCGAUCUCUCGGCCCAGCCGGGGGCCGUUGCGAAACUGCCACCAGCUUCCCCGGAGAUGAAGAACUCCCCCGUGUCUCCGGGUGUCUCGCCUGCCUCGUACCCCACGAUUCCGCGCAGGGAUAUACGGAGGAGCAUGACGCCGGAGCAGCGCCAGCUGCACCAGCAGCAACAGCCAAAACCUCUGCGCUCACCAGCCGGGCAGCCGAGCCCAACACCAGGCGCCAUACCCGAGCCUGUGAAACUGGGACGUAGUUUGACUGGCAGUGGCCCGCGAGCCGACAGCCCUGGCGCCGGCUACGGUGGCCUGGCAGGGCGGAAAUCGCCAGCAGCCGCCGAUUAUGGUAACCCCUACAGCGAUAUCGCCAGCAGCAGCCCUUACGCUGCUAGCAGCCGCCGAUUGUGGUAG